AUGCCCUCAAGCCCUCACGCCCUCACGCCCUCAUGCCCUCACGCCCUCACGCCCUCAUGCCCUCACGCCCUCAUGCCCUCAUGCCUUCAUGCCCUCAUGCCCUCAUGCCCUCAUGCCCUCAUGCCCUCACGCCCUCAUGCCCUCAUGCCCUCAUGCCCUCAUGCCCUCAUGCCCUCAUGCCCUCAUGCCCUCAUGCCGUCAUGCCCUCAUGCCCUCACGCCCUUACGCCCUCAUGCUCUCAUGCCCUCAUGCCCUCAUGCCCUCAUGCCCUCAUGCCCUCACGCCCUCACGCCCUCAUGCCCUCAUGCCCUCAUGCCCUCAUGCCCUCAUGCCCUCAUGCACUCAUGCCCUCACGCCCUCAUGCCCUCACGCCCUCAUGCCCUCACGCCCUCAUGCCCUCAUGCCCUCAUGCCCUCAUGCCCUCAUGCCCUCAUGCCGUCAUGCCCUAAUGCCCUCACGCCCUCAUGCCGUCAUGCUCUCAUUUCCUCAUGCACUCAUGCCCUCAUGCCCUCAUGCCCUCAUGCCCUCACGCCCUCAUGCCCUCAUGCCCUCAUGCACUCAUGCCCUCAUGCCCUCACGCCCUCAUGCCCUCAUGCCCUCACGCCCUCAUGCCCUCAUGCCCUCAUGCCCUCACGCCCUCAUGCCUUCAUGCCCUCAUGCCCUCAUGCCCUCAUGCACUCAUGCCCUCAUGCCCUCACGCCCUCAUGCCCUCAUGCCCUCAUGCCCUCACGCCCUUAUGCCCUCAUGCCCUCAUGCCCUCAUGCCCUCAUGCCCUCAUGCACUCAUGCCCUCACGCCAUCAUGCCCUCAUGCCCUCAUGCCCUCAUGCCCUCAUGCCCUCAUGCUCUCAUGCCCUCAUGCCCUCACGCCCUCACGCCCUCAUGCCCUCAUGCCCUCAUGCACUCAUGCCCUCAUGCCCUCAUGCCCUCAUGCACUCAUGCCCUCAUGCCCUCACGCCCUCAUGCCCUCAUGCCCUCACGCCCUCACGCCCUCAUGCCCUCAUGCCCUCAUGCCCUCACGCCCUCAUGCCCUCAUGCCCUCAUGCACUCAUGCCCUCAUGCCCUCAUGCACUCAUGCCCUCAUGCCCUCACGCCCUCAUGCCCUCACGCCCUCAUGCCCUCACGCCCUCAUGCCCUCAUGCCCUCAUGCCGUCAUGCCCUCAUGCCCUCAGACCCUCAUGCCCUUUUGCCCUCAUGCCCUCAUGCCCUCAUGCCCUCAUGCUCUCAUGCCCUCAUGCCCUCAUGCCCUCAUGCCCUCAUGCCCUCAUGCCCUCAUGCACUCAUGCCCUCAUGCCCUCAGGCCCUCGUGCCCUUAUGCCGUCAUGACUUCAUGCCCUCACGCCCUCAUGCCCUCAUGCCCUCAUGCCCUCAUGCACUCAUGCCCUCAUGCCCUCAUGCCGUCAUGCCCUCAUGCCCUCACACCCUCAUGCCCUCAUGCCCUCAUGCCCUCACGCCCUCAUGCCCUCAUGCCCUCAUGCCCUCAUACCCUCAGGCCCUCACGUCCUUAUGCCCUCAUGCCCUCAUGCCCUCAUGCCCUUAUGCCCUCAUGCCCUCAUGCCCUCAUGCCCUCAUGCCCUCAUGCACUCAUGCCCUCAUGCCCUCACGCCCUCAUGCCCUCAUGCCCUCAUGCCCUCACGCCCUCAUGCCCUCAUGCCCUCAUGCCCUCACGCCCUCAUGCCCUCAUGCCCUCAUGCACUCAUGCCCUCAUGCCCUCAUGCACUCAUGCCCUCAUGCCCUCACGCCCUCAUGCCCUCACGCCCUCAUGCCCUCACGCCCUCAUGCCCUCAUGCCCUCAUGCCCUCAUGCCCUCAUGCCCUCAUGCCCUCACGCCCUCACGCCCUCAUGCCCUCAUGCCCUCAUGCACUCAUGCCCUUUUGCCCUCAUGCCCCCAUGCCGUCAUGACCUCAUGCCCUCACGCCCUCAUGCCCUCAUGCCCUCAUGCCCUCAUGCACUCAUGCCCUCAUGCCCUCAUGCCGUCAUGCCCUCAUGCCCUCACACCCUCAUGCCCUCAUGCCCUAAUGCCCUCAUGCACUCAGGCCCUCAUGCCCUCAUGCCCUCAUGCCCUCAUGCCCUCAUGCACUCAUGCCCUCAUGCCCUCAUGCACACAUGCACUGCUGCACUCAUGCCCUCAUGCCCUCAUGCCCUCAUGCCCUCAUGCCCUCAUGCCCUCAUGCCCUCACGCCCUCAUGAUCUCAAGCCCUCAUGCCCUCAUGCCCUCAUGCCCUCAUGCCCUCAUGCCCUCAUGCUCUCAUGCCCUCACGCCAUCAUGCCCUCAUGCCCUCAUGCCCUCAUGCCGUCAUGCCCUCAUGCACUCAUGCCCUCAUGCCCUCACGCCCUCAUGCCCUCAUGCCCUCAUGCCCUCAUGCCCUCAUGCUCUCAUGCCCUCAUGCCCUCAUGCCCUCAUGCCCUAG